CAGCUCUGCAGGACAGGGUUUGUUUUUUUUUUGUUUUUUUUGUUUUUACUGGACCUGUGCCAGUACCUGACCCCCACAGUGUGCGCUUGAAUGCAUCACCAGGCUGAGCACAUGCUGCUGUGGGAGUUGGACCCUCCUCAGUCUAUAAACACGUGUAUCUCCCUCCUCUGCUGGGUUAAACCCAAACUCUGAGUCCUGCAGCCUCCUUCUGCUCCUCACCGCCGCAGGAUUCAGUCCGGCCGGAGACGCUGUUCGCUCAGACAUGGACGCUUCUGGUAAAACCACAGAUGGAGCCAAAGAGGAUCUAAAAGCGGCUGAAUCGUGUGUUGGGGACUCCGGUGGAGCUCGUGGCUGCUGUCCGAGGAGGAUCUGCGGCUGCAUCCCGCCGCUGUACCGCAACGAGCUGCUGCAACUUCUCCAACUCGCGGGACCAGUGGUCAUUUCCCAGCUGAUGGUCUUCAUGCUCAGUUUCGUCAGCAUGGUGUUCUGUGGUCAUCUGGGGAAAACCGAACUAGCCGCAGUUUCCUUAUCGAUUGCGGUAGUGAACGUCACCGGUAUUUCCAUUGGCACCGGUCUGUCGUUAACGUGUGAUACACUCAUAUCUCAGACAUAUGGGAGCGGUAACCUGAAGCGUGUCGGCGUGAUUCUCCAGAGGGGGAUUCUGAUUCUGCUGCUGGCCUGUUUCCCCUGCUGGGCGGUCCUCAUCAACACCGAACCUCUUCUACUGGCUGUCAGACAGAGUCCAGAGGUGGCCAGACUCUCCCAGCUCUAUGUGAUGAUCUUCAUGCCGUCUCUGCCGGCUGCUUUCAUGUACCAGCUGCAGGGGAGGUAUCUCCAAAAUCAGGGAAUUAUAUGGCCUCAGGUUAUAACUGGAGCGAUUGCAAAUGUCCUGAAUGCAGUGAUCAACUAUGUCCUCCUGUAUCGUCUGGACAUGGGUGUGCUUGGAUCUGCAGCAGCAAACGCCAUCUCCCAGUAUGUGCUCGCUGUGUUCUUAUUUGUUUACAUCUGCGUCAGAGGGCUGCACAAAGCCACGUGGGGAGGCUGGUCGAUGGACUGUCUGCAGGAGUGGGGACCCUUCAUUAAGCUGGCCAUCCCCAGCAUGCUCAUGCUCUGUUUGGAGUGGUGGUUGUUUGAAAUCGGAGGGUUCCUGGCCGGUGUGAUCAGUGAGGCGGAGCUGGGAGCCCAGUCAGUCAUAUACCAGCUGACAGUCAUAGCUUACAUGAGUCCAAUGGGAUUCUCAGCUGCUGCCAGUGUGCGGGUUGGAAAUGCUCUUGGUGCAGGAAACAUCGAGCAAGCCAGGCUGUCAUGUAAAGUGCCCAUCGUCACUGCAUUCAUAAUUGCGUGCUUCGUUGGAGUUGGUCUCGGCCUCAGUAAAGAGGUCAUCGGAUACGUUUUCACCUCAGAGCCAGAGAUUUUGCAGAGGGUUUCUGAUGUCAUGACUGUAUUUGCUUUCACGCAUCUUGGUGAUGCCACUGCGGGAGUGACUGGAGGUGUUCUCAGAGGAGCAGGAAAACAGACCAUUGGUGCUAUGUGUAAUCUGGUGGGAUAUUACAUCAUUGGCCUCCCCAUCGGUGUGUCCCUGAUGUUUGCAGCCAAGUUGGGGGUUGUAGGAAUGUGGACUGGACUUACAGUUUCUGUUUUCGUGCAGUCAGUGGUCUUCAUCGUAUAUUUGUACAGACUUGAUUGGAAGAAGGCUGCUCAAGAGGCUCUUGUGCGAGCAGGAGUCCAGACUAAAGAAGAGAAAGAGAUGGUCGGGAUGGAAAAUAAAGACUCUAAUCACAACCAAACCCAGGUCAACAACUCUCCAUCCGGUUGUGAGAGGGCUGAGGAGGAGCACACAUACCAAGAGGUGGAUACUCCAGACAAGACUAAAUCCACCACCACAGUGGGAGAUCUUCUGUCAGUGACGCAACUGGUUCUACGUCGUGGCUUCACUUUGCUGGUCAUGGCUAUCAUACUUGCUGCUGGAGUCGUCAUCAACGAAUUCCUCACCGAGGUGCUCAAAAGACAGCUUUGAUGACAUAAAGCAGGGAGACUGACGACUGUCGGGUCUGAUGGCACAUGGUUGCCUUUGAUUAUAUACUUUUGUUAAUUGUGACUCAUCUUCUCUUGUGAAAGAAGCAAAAAGAAGAUCCAAGUGUCAACAGUUUGCAGCGUUGUGCAACAUUUUGCCAACAACCCUGGCAUAUGCAGUAUAACUGUGCAGACCCAGACAAACCAGAUAAUGAGCCAAAGAGAUCCCCAUGUUCACCAAGGGCUUUAAAGCUGCAGUAGUGAAAAUUAAGCCUAAAGUCAGCAUUGAUGCAUAAGUUCACCUUUAAACCCCAACCUUCUGAGUAAGUCAUAUUUGUAAGGCCGGUAUUAUACAUUCCAUGUACAUGAGAGUUCCCAUGUUGUAAAUUUUGUCAUAUCCCAUAUCCAUAUCAAGUCUGCAAGAGUCCUUCCACGGAUGUCUACAUGCAGCUCAAAGUUACUGUAAAAAAAUUACUGUACUUGUAAUUGAAUGCCAAAGAUAAGAUGUGGCCUUUUGGCAGGGACCUAAAGGUUUCUAAAGUCGAAGAAGUUCUUAUUUAAAAAGGUAAGCUUCCAGAGAUUAGGAGCAGCCACUAUGAAGGGUCAGUCGCCUCUACUUCCAUGCCUGGAUCAAAGAAAAUCCAGGAGCAUCUGGUUGGUUCAACUCAGUGCUUAACUGGGGUAUGAUGAUGUGAAAGUUUUGCUAAACAAGGUUUAACCUAUUUAAAACCUUUAAGACAAACAACAAACUCCUCAAAUCAGUCCUCAACAGACAGAAAACCAGUGGAGGUGGGCCAGUACUGCUGUUGUAUAUUUUCCCUGUUCAAAGAAGCUGGAUUUUGUAGCAACUGCACACGUCUGAUUUGGGACCACAUGCAAAGAAUUGCAGUAGUCUAACCACUUGGUUAGUACAGCAUAUAUAACUUUAAUCUUAAUUUUAAAAGGCAAGUUUUGCCCACUUAGUCGAUCUGUGAAAUUUGAAGGAGUGGUGGAGGAUCACUCCAAGGUUUUUUGCAGAAGACUGAUUAUAUGAACCCAAGGUGCCAAGUCUGCCAUCAGAGUCAUCCAAAAGAUCCAGUCGACCAAACAAAACGAUCUCUGUCUUAUUUUCUGUAGGACUGAGAAAGUUGAAAUCCAGGUUUUAAUAUAUUUGAAACAUUCCAGCAAGGACUGUCUGUCUAAUUUGUAUAUCAUCUGCAAAGCAAUGAGAAUUAAUUUCAUGUUUAAGCCCAAAUGGCAGCAAAUACAAUGAAAACAGGAUUGGGCCUAAAAUGGAGUCUUGAGGGAUCCCAUAAGUAAGCGGGAUGAUAGUUGAAGAAUAUUUACCCAACUGAACGGAAUAACUAAUGUCUGUCAGGCUUAAUCCACUGCCACACCACCCACUUUAGUAUUGUUAUUAUCUGAAAUGAACAAUAAAAAGCCGUGUGAUUGGAGAAGAUCGCCUGUCACACGCUACAGGAAAACUCGGCCAGAAAAACAAGAAGUCUCAUGUCCACUCAAACUAAUUGAAUUACAAUAUGCUGAGAGGUUAGUAUGAUAUUUUAUUGCCAAAUGAUGCCCAAGGAAAUACUGCCUACUCCGUCAUUUGUGGCCCGUUCAUGUUCUGUUUCUGAUAAAUGUGUGAUAAACAUCAGGCUGGCAUUUACUGUUAUAUACUGUCUCCUAGACCGUCCAUGUCUAGUAGAAGUGGGUUUUUUUUGGCUGAAUGGUGGCACUUGCCUAUAAGAGAUUUGUUGUGACUCCUUUUGACUACCAUGAUCUUACAGCUUUUCCAACUGUUUAAUGCGUGCCUUGAUACAGUGCCUUUAAUUUGCUCAAAUAAUGAAACUGAAACAGCUCUGAGUAGAGUCUUUUCUUCUUUUUCAUUCUGACAAAACUCUAACAUCCCCGUCUCAACUUUGAGGACAUCUGCUUUUGGACUUGUAUGUUGCAUAUGUAAACUAUUUUGGGAUUUUCCAUUGUUCCAAAAGCUUAACAGCGCUUCAGGUAUUAACAUAUGAUUGAAUAGUGGAUUCUGAGCUCCGUGAACAGUUAAUUCCAAGAUGUAUUGAUUUUAGAAUAACGUUUUGGCUCUCUGUACCUUCUGACCAACCAAAUAUAAAUAUGAGAAUAUUUUUAGCUGCAAGACGCAUAUAGUCACAUCUCAUCACACAGCAGAAUACUAUGCGUCUAUAAGAUUAAAUGAUAAACUCCUUCUUUUGUCGACCAGAGGGUUGUUGUUGCCAGAUCUAAACAGAAGAACGCCACUGUUAGGGUAUCUUGUUGUUCAUUUCAGAUUCAUUUUUGUUGAAGAAUAUUGUUUUAGUGCAUAUGUAGUUUUCAGUGUGCACCCAGUAUCCAACACUUGUUAUUUUAUACACUUUCAUUAAUGUUUGUCACAAAAAUGAAUUGACUGCCAAAUACAAAAGACGUGAAUCAAGGUGUAAUUCAGAAGUACCAAAUAAGCAUAUAAAUAAACUCAUAAAUAAUUAA